UCGCGGCGUGCCGGUGUGUUAGUAGGAAACUGUUGACCCGCCGCAAAGAGCCGAACGCGGCACAAACCGCAUAUCAGCGGGCUCCUAGUAUCAGCAGCGCACAUUCGAACGGCAGCCCUCAGAGGGACCAUGUGGUAUUACUACGGAGUGAUCGAUUUUCCUACGUGUCUCUAGCCCCACUCGUUUCGCAAACCCCCAGUGUGAUCGCCUUUUUGGGGCGGAACGUCUCUUAGUACAACCUUGUAUUGAGUUUGUGUGAUCAGAAGAGUGAGAGAACGAUAACAAAGAGUGAUUGUACGAUUGUGAUUUUAUUGCUUCUAAGACUACAUCGUCAUCUUUACAAUUUCCGUCGUGCUGGCAGCGCACAGUGUACGGUUCUUAUUUGAAUUCAUUGUGAACCCUUUGCCAACCACUAGGCAAUGAUAUUGAACGUCAACAAGACCAAGCUUUUGCUUGUGUCAAUCCUAGCGGCCAUCGUGAUAGUAGCGGUCGUGGUCGGACUGGUAAUCGGUUUACGGUCGCGCGAUUCAUCUGCGGCGUCCUAUGUCCGGCUAACUGGCGGUGCUGUUACCUCCAAUGGGGCCGAAUGUGCCGAAAUUGGGGCCAAUAUACUGCGCCAGAAUGGAUCGGCCGUCGAUGCCGCCAUUGCGACGCUCUUCUGCGAGGGUAUUACCUGUCCACAGAGCAUGGGCCUUGGUGGUGGUUUUCUGGCCACGCUCUAUUUCCGUGAUACGAACAAGGCGGAAGCGAUGAUCGCUCGUGAAAUCGCACCCGCCGCGGCUACCCGUGAUAUGUACGUUAACUCCAGCUCCACGUCGGGUGGUCUGGCAGUAGCCGUUCCCGGUGAGCUGAAGGGUUACUGGGAGCUGCAUCAACGGUACGGACGGCUCGAGUGGCGCACGCUGGUAGAACCGACGAUAGAGUUGUGCCGCAAGGGACACCUGGUUACCGGGUACUUGGCCCGCAUCCUCGCCGGUCGCACGGAACGCAUCCGAAACGAACCGUCGCUGCGGGAAGUGUUCCUGAAUCCCGCCACACAGGAACCGUGGCAGGAAGGGGACAUCCUGAAGCGUCCACAGUUGGCCGAAACACUCGAGAUCGUUGCAAAGGAGGGUGCGGCAGCAAUAUACAGCCCCAAUGGAACCCUGCUGCCACUGCUGAUGAAAGAUCUCAAGCAAUUCGGAAGCAUCAUAACGGAGGAAGACUUUUAUAACUAUAAACCACGGUGGGUCGCCCCGGUGCACACAAGUAUUAGAAAGUCUAGUCAGGUCUAUUCCAUCCCGCUCGCGGGCAGUGGCACCAUUCUUAACUACAUGCUGAACAUUCUGGACAGUUUCGGCAAGCUGACGAUGGGCGAUCCACUGACCUGGCACCGGAUCGUCGAGAGUUUUAAGCACGGUUACGGACUACGGACGCGCGUCGGUGAUCCUGCGUUCGUGCCCGGCAUCGAAGUGGAGCUGGAGAAGCUGACCAGCAAAACGUACGCCAAGUUCAUCUCGGAAACCAUCGGCGACGACGCGACACAUUCGGACUUCGGGCACUACGGGGCACUGUUUUCGACCGAAAACGAUCAAGGUACGGCCCACGUGUCCAUACUGGCACCGAACGGGGAUGCCGUUGCGGUCACGAGCACCAUCAACAAUAUGUAAGUAACGAUUCUGUCGAUCGUGAUAGCCGCGAUCGUACUUACGAUCAUUACCGUCGUGAUUGUGCUCGCAGCGAAAGGAAAUACGCUUGAUCCAAAUGCCUACAACCGGGCCGGUGCCGUUGUAGCGAAUGGAGCAGAAUGUGCCGCAAUUGGUGCCAGCAUCUUGCGGCUGAACGGUUCGGCGGCCGACGCUGCGAUCGCGACGCUGUUCUGCGAGGGAGUCACUUGUCCCCAGAGCAUGGGCCUAGGCGGGGGGUUCCUACUGACGAUCUACGAUCGCCAGAAUGGUACGGUCGAGACGUUGAAUGCACGUGAGUCGGCACCGGCGGCCGCCCAGCGGGACAUGCUGACGGAAGUGAUGAAGAAACGUGCCACGGAUGCGCGUGGUUUAACAGUGGCUGUUCCCGGCGAGCUGAAGGGCUACUGGGAGCUCCAUCAACGAUAUGGACGGUUGGAGUGGAAAGCAUUGGUCGAGCCGACUAUUGCACUCUGCGAACGGGGACACAUCGUGACACCGUAUUUAAGUCGCAUCUUAAAGCGCGUCGAGAACCAACUCUAUCUCGAACCAUCGAUGCGCGAGGUAUUCAUCAAUCCAGCAACGAAUCGUACCUGGCAGGAAGGGGACACCAUCAAACGCGUAAAGCUGGCGGCCAGUCUGCGCAUCGUAGCGAAGGAAGGUGUAGACGCUUUGUACAGCAAGAACGGAACGCUCCUGAAGAUGCUAAUGAAGGAUCUGCGGGCAUUUGGUAGUAUCAUCGUGGAGGAUGAUUUCCUGAACUACAGACUACGUUGGGAAUCACCGGACAGUGUUGAGCUGCGUUCCGGAACCAAGGUUCACUCGAUUACCGUGCCGGGCAGUGGAACGAUUCAAAACUUUAUGCUGCGCAUUCUGGAUGGCUACACCAAAAUGCCGCCAAAGGAUCCGCUCACGUGGCAUCGGAUAGUGGAGAGCAUGAAGUUUGCGUACGGAAUGCGAACGCGCAUCGGUGAUCCAGCGUACACGCCGGAAGCAGUCGAGUUGAUCAGAAAUCUCACUGAUUCACAGUUUGCCAACUUCAUUCGGGAGCAACGAAUCGACGAUAAUGCAACGCAUACGGACUUUAAGUAUUAUGGAGCAGAGUUCGCGGAUGUGAAUGACCAGGGGACUGCCCAUAUUUGUGUGCUGGCUCCUAAUGGGGAUGCCGUUUCAGCAACCAGUACCAUCAACUAUCUACUCGGUGCGAAAAUCCGAUCGCAAUCCACGGGAAUCAUACUGAACGACGAGAUGGAUGAUUUCGCAACGCCCGGUACGGUGAACACAUAUGGAUUACCGGCGUCACCGGCCAAUUUUAUAACACCCGGUAAGAUCCCGCUAUCAUCGAUGACACCGACGAUCGUAACGGACAAAGCGGGCGAGGUGCGCAUGGUGCUCGGUGGUGCUGGCGGAUCGCGUAUCACCAGCGCAACAGCGGUCAUGAUCUAUCGGUAUCUGAUGUUCGGAGACGAUCUGAACACGAUCAUGGCAGAAAAACGGUUACAUCACCAGCUAGCGCCUAUGUGGGUGGACUACGAGCCGGGCUUCGACCAAACCAUCCUGGAUGGGCUCGUCAAAAAGGGACAUCAGGUAAAGGAGAAAACUCCGGAUGCUGGAUUUGCGGCGGCGACCGGAAUCGUCAAGGACGAAACCCAUGUAGUGAAUGCAGCUUUCGAUCCACGACGAGGUGGUAGUGCCGAAAUCCUAAAUGCCUGAGAAAUGGCACGCUGAAGUACAAGUUCUAUAUACCCAAAGUACAUUUUUAUGUCCCUUAUAAGAUAUAAGAUGCCUUCAGUAUGAAUGGUUUUACUCUGACAAUAAAAAGAAUGAUUUAGAAAAGC